AACAAUAAAAUAUUUGGAUUUGCACUAUAAAUAUACCCAAAGAGGUGUUAGGUUUAUAUAAUCAUAGCCGAAAUACCAAAACGAGAAUCAGAGAUAAUAUUUUUUAUAUCUUGCACGAAACUGCAUGUUUUCAUUUUAACAAAAAAAAAAAAAAAAAAAAAACUGCAUGUUUUCGUAGACAUGGCAAUUAUCCGAAGUACACUGCUUUUAUUGCUUAUCCUCUUCUGUCACAUCACUUAUGAGCUUCAUGUUCACGCUGCUGAAGGUGCACAAGUCGGUGAAGGCGUAGUGAAAAUUGAUUGUGAUGGGAGAUGCAAAGGUAGAUGCAGCAAGUCGUCUAGGCCGAAUCUGUGUUUGAGAGCAUGCAACAGCUGUUGUUCCCGCUGCAACUGUGUUCCACCAGGCACAGCCGGAAACCACCACCUCUGCCCGUGCUAUGCCUCCAUUACCACUCGUGGUGGUCGCCUCAAGUGCCCUUAAUUUCUAUGUAUCACCGCAGCCAUAGUACUGUUUUAUAGUUUGAAAGAUAAAAUGUAUAAGAAAUAAUUACAGUUAAUGGUUCCUGAAAA